GGUGGAUUAAAGAAAUAUCUGCCUUUGAUUGGGUCAUGUCUUAUCUGUCUUAAAAUGGUUGCUUCAGCAAAAACAGCUCCUGAAAUACCCACUAUUGACCAGGCCUAUUCAAAAAUCAGCAACAGCAUCACUGUGGAGUGGGAGACAGUGCCAGGGGCCACCAGUUACCUCCUCACAGCCGAAGAUGGGGACACAGUCAUUGAGACCAUGGUGGCCAGCUCCCCAGGCACAGUGACAGGCUUGAAGGCUGCGACCUUGUAUCAAAUCACCAUCAGAUCCGUAGGUGCAGCUGGGAGAAGUCAAGCGUCCUCUCCAAAGCAGGCGAAGACAGUAUUGGCUGCACCAAUCCUAGAAGUAAGUUCUCCAAGUCCAGACUCUAUCCUUGUGCGAUGGGAAACUGUCUACAUGGCAAUUGGAUUCUCAGUGUCCAUCAUGCAAGCCAAUGGCUUGGGCAGAAUAUGGAAGGAGAACACCACCAACACUUCUUUGACAUUCAGCAGUUUAAAUGCCGGAACGCUGUACACCAUAAAGGCCUAUGCCUGGAAUGCCAACGGGAUCCCCGGGGACGAUUCCAUCUGCAAUCAGAGAACAAGUCCUCGAGCUCCUGCCAAUGUUCAAGUUUCUUUUGACAGUGGGACUCUGAAAGCCUCUAUCUCAUGGACACCCACAGAAGGAGCUUUCAACUAUACUGUGAUGGCUUUGGGUGGCUCCUCAGAGCUGAGCUGUAGCACAUCUUUCAGUUCCUGCAUCAUCUCUUCCCUCCAGUGUGGAACAGAGUACUUGAUAUCUGUCUUAGCGAGUAACGAUGCUGGAUCUAGCAAAUCAACUUCAGCAGGGACCCUGAAAACUGUUGCUUGUGCACCUGGAAAAGUGACAAUUCAAGAAGACUCCCCUGGUCACCUGUCUGUGGCAUGGCCCAACGUCAAGCUGGGCGAUUACUAUGUGGCCUUUGUGAAGAGCGAUGAUGGCUUGGAAGUGCACUGUAACACGUCCCUCACCCAGUGCAACUUCCUAUCUGAGUGUGGCUUCACUUACUUUAUUAGUGUUUUUGCCUAUAACAAGGCAGGACAGAGUCCUCUGGGUGAUGUGUUCAAUUAUACUACAGCUCCCUGUUGUCCCAGUGACAUUAGCCCCGUGUUCGUGUCAGGUGACAGAGUAGAGCUUGUCUGGUCUCCUGCUCGUGGUGCUGAACUCUACGAGACUAAGGCUGUACACGGGUUCCACGUGGUGGAGUGCAAUGACACCACCCCUGCUUGUACUCUUUCAGCUCUAGAAUGUGAUACCAAGUAUAACAUCACAGUGUAUUCCUUCAGCGAAGUCAGGGGUAGCAAUACGUCAUGUAUGUCACGAUUUAUCACCACAGCUCCCUGCAGUCCUGAAAUAAAAAAUGUUUCAAAGGACGCAGUCUCCUUGAUUAAUGUGCGCUGGCGAUCCACUAAUGAUGACGCCACUUACACGGUGACUGCCCGGGGAGAGACAGGGCUGUAUCAGUGCAGCAGCACCGGGGACUCCUGCGCCCUGGAGGGCCUGCCCUGUGGCUCGGGGUUCUCCAUCACCGCAGUGGCCGAAACACUGGCAGGACGGAGCCUGCCGAGCUACAGUGUGCCCUUGGAAACCGUGCCAUGCUGUCCAGUCGGCCUGACAUUAACGCAAGUCACUCAGUCGGUCAUCAAUGUUAGCUGGACUAUCGGGACUGGGGCCCAAACCUACGUCGUGGUGCUGGAGUCCCACGCUGGACAGUCAAAGUGUCACACGCAUGAAACCCACUGCCUCCUGGGAUGCAUCACGUGUGGCAUCAACUACACGGUGACAUUGAAAGCAAUUAGCGCCACCGGACUGACUGCGGAGUGUUCCUUCCGAAGUUAUUCCUCUAGUGCCUGUUGCCCUUUGGGGGUGAAAUUAUAUAGGCUGGGCCCUAAUGGCAUCCGGAUCUACUGGCAAGCCUCCAGGGGGGCUGCCAACUACAGCACUGACCUCUAUGGCUCCAAAGGCAUCUUCACCUGCACCCCCAACUCCAGCCCCAACUUCUGCGACGUCACCGAGAUUCCCUGUGGAGAUGUGUAUACUGUGAUGGUCUCCCCAGUCACUGAGACAGGACUGAAGCUUACAUUCUGUCCAAAAAAAAUAUAUUCAGUAACCUGCUCUGGAAGUACACUUGGAAUGGAUUACCUCUCCUCGGAUUUUGCCAGUUGA